CAGCCCCAAGGUCUCUUACGACCUACGUGCGCGUUGGACACAGAAACCUUCAGAAUCCUCUAACGGACGCAUAUUAAAACUUUCUCCGUGAAUCAUUGUUGGUGAUUUCUCCAUUUUCUCCCACCUUUAAUGCCUCCGCUUGAUGAUGUUGAUGUUGAAGUAGUCCAGGAGGAACUCUCUUACGAGGAGAAAUUAAAAUUCGCUAUUCCGAUUGCUCAACCCAUUGCCAGUGAAAAACUUACUUCGCGUUUAUACAAAUUAGCUCGGAAAGCGAAGCGAUGUAAGAAGGCUGACUGUGGAAUUAAGUCCAUCAUUAAGGCAAUAGAAAAGAAGAAGACUAUGGGAAUCGUCGUUCUUGCCGCUGAUGUGAGCCCUAUGGAUUCAAUCACACACUUGCCGAUUAUCUGUGAGGAGAAUCGCAUCCCAUACUGCUACGUCCCCUCCAGAAUGGAUCUUGGUGCUAGCAUUUCAUCGACGACUCCCGUGCCGGCAUUGAUGUUGGUUCGGGAUGAGCAGUACGCAAAACUUUACGAUAAAUGCCAUUCUGUUGUUGAUGCUUUACCGUUACCAAUAUAAACGCUCUCACAAGCUG